AUGUUAGCCGUGCAAUUCGCAUUCACCAAGAGGCUCUCUGAUACCCCUCUACACAAAAUUGCAAUAUUAAGCAGCCGCAGCCAUAACAAAAUUUCAAUGAUGUCUGGUCAUCUCCAAAACCAUUCCAUUCCAAAGCUUCGAAUAGCCUACCAGGGUGUCCCGGGAGCGUAUGGAGAGGAUGCAGCAGUGAAAGCCUACCCGAAUUGCGAGACAAUCCCGUGCCAUGAUUUUGUGGAUGCCAUACAAGCGGUGGAGAAGGGUUGCGCGGAGGAGGCAGUUAUCCCAAUAGAGAACUCGAUUGGCGGCAGCGUACACACAAACUACGACUUGCUGCUCCGCCAUACGCUUCACGUUGUUGGCGAGACACAUCUCUUUGUCGACCACUGCCUUCUUGCACUGCCACUUGCUGCCAAACACCACCUCACCUGCGUCUUCAGCCAUCCACAGGCACUUAGUCAGUGUGAACUGUCGAUAAACAUGUUGGGAGUGGAUGCAAUUCCUACUCAAAAUACUGCUGUCGCGGCGCAGAUGGUUGCCUCCCGAGGCGUGCGAGAGAACGGGGCUAUUGCUAGUGCUCGUGCGGCGGAACUCUAUGGCCUAAACGUACUUGCUCACAAAUUUCAGGACCGAUCUAGUAACGUUACCCGUUUUGUAAAACUUGCAAGAGAACCUCUAACUAUCCCAACAACAUAUACACGUUUUAAGACAAGCAUUGCAUUAAUUCUAGAUGAACUGCACAAGGCCUUAUCUGUGUUUGCUGAGACUGGGAUUCACAUUUUCAAGAAUUUCAUUAGGAUAACUCCAACACUUUACUGA